UAUCGAUACUUUUUCUUUCUACCGGCGUGGAACAUAAAUACGAUUGAAAAACAGCAACUCUAGCAGCUUGUUUCUGGAUAGAAAUAGGAGAUAGUCUGUUUACAAUGAGUGGAGAAGAAGCUGUAGGGUAAGAAUAAAUAAUGUUUAUUUAAAAUUAUAUAAGAUUCAUUUCCACUCUGCUAAAGAAAGGUGUCGAGAUGAAAAUAAUACCGAGCCUUGUAAAUUACAAAAUGAAUUGAAUGCCAGUCAAUUUUGAAUGUGAAUCAAUCAUGGUUUGGUUUACGGUUUAUCAUUGUUGACAAUAUGACAAUAAAAUUAUAAUUUUUUAAAAAAUGACUGAGAUGUAUUUAUUAUUUUGUAAUUAAUGAUUAAUGUAAAUAUAGUUAGUGUGGUGGUCGUGUGGCUGCAUCUCAGCUGUAGUGGAGUAGUCUGUAAUCACAAGACAAAAUUCAAUAUUCAAUUUCAAUGUCAAUAAUCAAAAUCAAUAAUAAUAUUGGCAUUUUAUUGGCAUAUAUAAUAUUUAUUAUAUUGUCUUGUUUUUGGGGGAAUUUUAUAUUAAUUAUUGAAUUCAAUUAAUUUAAAUUGUUUUUAGGCUAUUAGUUAAUGUAGUCUGUAGACAGUUUAGACCACUAUAGUAGUAGUAGUCGUCCAUAGUAAUCUGUAGUGUAGACAUAUAAUCUUUUAGUAGACGUCGACUAUACUAUAUGCAGUUUGUAGAUCUUGACUUGUACUCCAAAGUAGUUAAUUAAUAAUAGUAAUAGACCUUGUCCAGAUCCAAUGUUAAAAAUUAAUGAAAAUGGCAAAUAUACAAUUAAAUUUGUCUCAAGAAAGACAAAAGUAAAAACCUAGCUGGCUAGUCACUUGACUUGGUGUCACUUCGACGUUCGACCGUCUGAAUGUAAUUUAGUAUUUAGCCUGACCAGCUUUUCUAAUUCAAAAUUGGACAGAACAAUAACUUAUAGAUUAAAGUCUAGCAGCUAAGACUUAAGUAAAGUGAAAGUCUAAGGUAUAGAGUAAGUCAGUACAUUCAGUUCAGGGCUAUUUAAAAAAAAAAAGUAGCUAAACAAUAAUCAGUAGGCCUUUUUAAUGCAGCCUAACUUAAAUUUAAAAACUUCAUUAAUAUCUAAUUUUAUCAUUAAUUUAAUUUUUGAUGGUGGGGUGCGGGUGGGGAAGGGGGUGGCAGAGAAAUAUUUAUCUAUCAGCUGUGCAUAGACAUAAUAGUGACUGACAGUCCAAGUUAUUUUUUCAGGCUUCGUCUCAGAGCCUGAAAACCAUAGUUAUGGGGAAAUAGUGAAUCAAUGUUAAUAAAAUUUAAGUAAAAUCUUUACAGGCAAGAUGGCCAGUCCAUUUCUAAAAAGGCUCUCAAGAAACAACAAAAAGAAGCAGAAAAAGCAGCCAAAAAGGCCCAGCACAAAAAGCCGGAUAACCAAGAGGUAUUUAUUUUUACCAUUUAUUUUAUUUUUCUAAACUAUAAACCUAAAUUAUAUGAAUUUCAUAGUACCGUAUAAUGUAAGGUAAUCUGUCAAUAAGGAUUUAUAUUUAUUUUUAGUAGAAUAGUUUAAUUUCAUAAUAGAAAUGACUUCAUUUGCUUUCUCCUUGACUUAGUUUUGGCUUUAAAGGUUUUAUUAUUCAACAUACAAAGAAAAACAACUAUUGUGUCUAAAUUAAUCAAUACUUGAAUAAAUUCAUAGGCAGGGGACAUAGAUAAAGAGGACACUUCCAAAGGUCGCUAUGGUGUUUUACCUCUCAAUCAGUCGCAGGAGAGACUACAGCGUCGCUUAUACAAAGUCUCUGAACUGCAGCCGAGCCUUUCUGGACAGACUGUUUGGGUUAGGGGCAGAUUGCACACUUGUCGCAGCAAAGGUAUCUUUGUUAUCAUACUUUAUAUUCAUUAUUGAAAAAAAAAAGCACGAACAGAAGAACCAAAUCUAAUUUUUCCAGACAGUUUUUUUUUUUUUUUUUACAUUAAAUUUAAGAUCACAGAAAAUUGUACGAUUCCUUAGAAAUAAGAUCUUAUCUCUGAAAACUACAUCUCAGCUUUAGUAAGAAAAGUUAUAUAUUCUUAUUGCUUUGCCAGACAUAAUUUUAGAUUCUCUUAAAAAUUAAGUAAAUUUAAUAGUAUUAAUAUAUUUAAAAAAAAUAAAAAACCAAUAUCUUUUCUCUACAAAGGCAAACAGUGUUUCUUUGUAAUAAGGCAGCAGAAAUGGACAGUUCAAGUGAUGGCAAUACAGAGUGAGACCAUUAGUAAACAAAUGAUCAAGUUCAUCUCUGGGUAAUCAGUGUUAGCAAAAUUAAUUAAACAUGACUAAAGUAUGCAGUUAGAAAAUACAACUAAGCUGAACAACUUUUUUUCAAAACAUUGGAACCCCAAAUUAGGUUGCGACCGAAAGGCUUUGCACCCCUGUCAUAGUCAAGUGCUCAAAGUCAUGUAACCCCAUAUUUAGGGACUAUUUCCGAAAUUACUACCCUUUUUUUUUUAACGAAGAAUAUAAUUGUAAAAUAAAUACAUUUUAUUUGAAAGUUUUUGUUUGCUGCAACAAUAAUAAGCAUUGAGGAACAAGUUAAUAAAGUAAAUUAAAAUAUUUGAAACUUGCUUGAUGAACUUAAAAAGUAGAUUGUCUUUGCUUCACUUAAAUUCACCCGAUUGUGCAUGUAUUUUAGUAUAUGAGAUAAAUUAUGCACCAAGUUCAUAUUAGGUUUAUAAAUGUUUUGUAUGUCCCUUUUGGGGUUUAAUGAAAUUUUGUAAAAAAAAUUGUAUGACUCCAUUGGAUUAUAGAAGCAGUAGUUGCAUUGUAUGUCUCCAUUGGAUUAUAGAAGCAGUAGUUGCAUUGUAUGACUCCAUUGGAUUAUAAAAGCAGUAGUUGCAUUGUAUGUCUCCAUUGGAUUAUAGAAGCAGUAGUUGCAUUGUAUGACUCCAUUGGAUUAUAAAAGCAGUAGUUGCAUUGUAUGUCUCCAUUGGAUUAUAGAAGCAGUAGUUGCAUUGUAUGACUCCAUUGGAUUAUAGAAGCAGUAGUUGCAUUGUAUGACUCCAUUGGAUUAUAGAAGCAGUAGUUGCAUUGUAUGACUCCAUUGGAUUAUAGAAGCAGUAGUUGCAUUGUAUGACUCCAUUGGAUUAUAGAAGCAGUAGUUGCAUUGUAUGACUCCAUUGGAUUAUAGAAGCAGUAGUUGCAUUGUAUGACUCCAUUGGAUUAUAGAAGCAGUAGUUGCAUUGUAUGACUCCAUUGGAUUAUAGAAGCAGUAGUUGCAUUGUAUGACUCCAUUGGAUUAUAGAAGCAGUAGUUGCAUUGUAUGACUCCAUUGGAUUAUAGAAGCAGUAGUUGCAUUGUAUGACUCCAUUGGAUUAUAGAAGCAGUAGUUGCAUUGUAUGACUCCAUUGGAUUAUAGAAGCAGUAGUUGCAUUGUAUGACUCCAUUGGAUUAUAGAAGCAGUAGUUGCAUUGUAUGACUCCAUUGGAUUAUAGAAGCAGUAGUUGCAUUGUAUGACUCCAUUGGAUUAUAGAAGCAGUAGUUGCAUUGUAUGACUCCAUUGGAUUAUAGAAGCAGUAGUUGCAUUGUAUGACUCCAUUGGAUUAUAGAAGCAGUAGUUGCAUUGUAUGACUCCAUUGGAUUAUAGAAGCAGUAGUUGCAUUGUAUGUCUCCAUUGGAUUAUAGAAGCAGUAGUUGCAUUGUAUGACUCCAUUGGAUUAUAGAAGCAGUAGUUGCAUUGUAUGACUCCAUUGGAUUAUAGAAGCAGUAGUUGCUAACUUUAAAAAAUGUUUGUCACUUUCUAGUUCAUUUAAAUAGUGCAGCAUAUCUGUAAUGAUUUAUGAGAGCACGCCUCAUGUGGUUAACAACAGCACUUGUUAAAUGGAUCUUAUAUUUAGUAAAGCUGUAUAGGAAUUCUUUAUAAAGGCAUAUCAUAAUUAUGUAUGCUGUUUUAGUGUCACUAUGUUUUAUUAGUUGCCUGUUAGUCUAAAAAAAAAUGUUUGUUUGCUGUGUUAUUGCAAUUAAUGAACUAACUUUUCUAUUUUCCACAGAGUGACUGCUGAAUCAAUUAUUGAUGUUGAAGGUGUGGUCCAAACUGUGGGUCAGAAAAUUCAAUCAUGCACACAGCAAGGUGUGGAGCUGCACAUACAGCAGGUAUAAUAUUCAGACAGGAAAUGUUCAGUUUCACAAAGUCACAUCAUGACUUGAGUCUUUAACACGAACAAUUCUCCAGUAGCUUUUAAAGUUAUGAUUAAAAGUCAAUCACUUCCAGGCUCUUGAAUGAAGUUCAUCUAUCUUACAGACCUGUUUACUCUUACGAUUUCGGCUUACAAUGUAUGAUUUUGAGGUGUAUACAUUAUAUAUAUUGUAUGUUUAUUUUUUUACUAUUAAGAUAAUGUAUUGAACAAUUUUGUGAUGAUAUUGUACGAUUUUAAGAGUUGGAGAGUAAACCGGUCUGAUCUUAAAGGAUUAGUCAGUAAGAUGUGUAACAAUAUGCCACAGCGUCACCUGUCUACAUCAUUAAUUGAUUGUUGUAUCAGCGUAGCAAAUUUUUAUAAAAAUUAAUUCAAACAGAUAUGCUGCACUCUGCAGCCAGAACUAUACAGUUUUUAUAACAAAUUCAUCGAUGUUUUUAAUUUGAUUCAGAUUUAUAUUUUUGUCUUCUACUUUUUACUAUUGAUUUACAUAAUUACCAAUGCAUACCUGAUCAAGCUAGCCUCGUUCUGAACCACCGUCGCCAUUCAUGUAAAUUUGAUGGCGCAUACUGCACAGUGAAUGUGUAUCAAGGAAAUGCAACAAGACUCAGAAAAAUCCUCAACAUUUAAUGGCAGGACAGGGUCCCAGACACGGAGGUGCUUGCACAGGCAGGUCUCCCCCGCAUCAUGCAGUCCCAGGAAGCUGGGACAUGUUUUGAGAAUGUCAGUCGACGUCGGCUCUAAAGAAUUUUCUAUGGUGAGCUCAAACAAAGAAGGCGGUCUGCUGGUGGGCAGACGAAACAUUUUAAAGGCAACCUAAAAGCCUCACUGAAAGCGUUCAACAUAAACCCAGACACGUGGGAGAAAAAAGGUAAGGAUCGGACAUCAUGGUAUUCCACUUUACACAGGAGCUCCAUGCAAGAUGAAGUUAGCAAAACAGCGGCUGCAGAGCGCAAAAGACAUGCCAGGAAGACCCAGUCUGACUCUCCUCCUGGAGAUGCCCCAUCAUUCCCCUGCACCUACUGCACAAGAAAAUUAUGCGCCAGAAUCGGCCUAAUCAGCCAUCUGCGAACCCACAAAUCUGAUGAUUAAGUGGUCAUGGUCGACUUCCUACUGAGGAACAACAACAAAAAAAAAUAAUGUAAAUAAAUCUCAUUUCUAUAGUUUAUUAUAAAGGUAGUAGUUAUUUAUUUUUAAUAAUGUUUUAAUCGUUAUGUCUAAACGUCAGUUAAGCGAACUGCUUUGCUAAGAAAGAAUGUAGAUCAAAUUUUAAAAUGGAAUGGCUCAAUGAAUUUGUGCAAGCAGCACUGCCAGCUUGGUCGUUGGAGCGGACUGUCAAGCUGGGUGAUAGUUUUUAAAUAUCGUGAAGAUGAUGAUGAUGUCUGUGAGAUGUGCCUCAAGGCUAAUGCCGGUGGGGAUUUCUCCACAUGGAAAAUAUGUCAAGCUUGGAAGCUGGAUUAUCUUAAACGACAUAUCCAGCAAAAAUAAACACAGAUGCUGGACAGAGGCUUCGAUCUGUACAGUCAGGAGGUGUAUUGCGAAUGCUGAUUGAGGCGUGAGACAAGAAGCAGCACAACGUAAAAGUGCUUAAGAAGACCUGGUUAAAAUUUUGAUUGACAACGUCCUCUUGGCUAUCAACUGGAACACAUCUAUGAAUCCGGUUCAAUACAUACACAGCCAGUCCCUGAUAGCUGGCGCAGUAAGAAUUACACUUUUGAGUUUGUUCAUUCUAUUGAUUCUGAAGUGAAUGAUGCUAUAAUUAGCGAACUUUUCAAUGCACAGUUCCACACAUUAACAGUAGAUGAGAGCACUGAUAGAUCGCUGAAAAAGAUGAUGAACUUACACGCAAAGUUUCGGCCAUAUCCCGGCAAUGUUUACAAGACAGUGUUUGUUGGAAUUUUAUCUCUGUCGGCAUGAGGCGGUACAUCGGUGGAAUCAGCAAUAACAGAGUUUUAUCAAGGGAAUUCAUUAAACAUUCACAAAUGGUUAUGUUUACUUCUGAUGGUGCAUCGGUUAUGCUAGGCAAGAAAAAUUGGUUGCAGUAAUUUUUUGCCGACGUAUUCCACAUCUACUGGAACAACACUGCGUUGCUUAUUGUGAAGAUUUAGGCAUCGAUGAUGCUUGCAAACAUAUAAGUUUAAUAGCAGACAUUGAAACAUUCUUAGAACAGUGUAAAAAUUGUUCAGUAAGUCGACUGUACGGAAAGCCCAGUUUACUGAACUAGCUAAGGUGUUGGAAUUUGAUUUCGUAGCCAUUCCGUAUGUCAUUCCAUUGAAUGAGAUCAAGUGGCUUUUGCGUCACUUUGCGUCACGGAGCAGUGCUGAGAAACAUACAAGUGUUGACUGGAUGUGGGCCGGCAUAGUGAUCCAGUUCCUAAGUACUGUUUGAAGAAACUAAGGGAUCUGCAGUUUCAAACUGCCUUGAUUGCCUUUGGUGAAGUUGUUGGUGAACACUGCCUUGAUUGCCUUUGGUGAAGUUGUUGGUGAACACUGCCUUGAUUGCCUUUGGUGAAGUUGUUGGUGAACACUGCCUUGAUUGCCUUUGGUGAAGUUGUUGGUGAACACUGCCUUGAUUGCCUUUGGUGAAGUUGUUGGUGAACUUGAUGAAUUAUGUUAUGCAAGCUGCUACAAACUGCCUUGAUUGUCGUUGGUGAAGUUGUUGGUGAACUUGAUGAAUUAGGCAAGCUGCUACAAAGAAAAAAUCUUACGACCAUCGAGGCAUAUCGGUUUGUAAAAGCAAAGAUCACUAAGCUUCGUGCCCAGCACCUUGGUGAAAAUGUGCACUGGUCCGAAGAGGUUGCUGAAUUGCUUGCAAAUGACGAGGAUAUAAACAUGAGUUCCAUCCUAAAAUUUGUUGAGUGUUUAUGUUUGCCCCUGGCUUCUCGUUUCCCUGAAAGUGAGUUGAUGCAAAGGCGAAUCUUUGAGGAUAGAGAUUUAAUCGACACUUAGAUUUUAAUUUUGGUCAAGAAGAAUUUGCAGCACUGAUUUCUGGAUAUGCGACAUUCCUGGAAAACUAGGAUGACAUUCUGCCAACAAUUAAGGAUCAGUAUCGUAACUUAAGAUUUGUGCUUGCAGGAAAAAUGAAAUGUGGGUUGAUGCAGACUUUUUACGAGAUGGUUCGAUUUGUGAUAAAUGAGGAGCAAUUUGGUGACAUUGCCAUUCUGUUGGUUUUUGUGCUACUGUUUUUUUUGCUACAUUUCUUACAUUAAUCGCUGAUUAUGAAUGUGGAUUCAGCCUAAUGAAUAAUAUAAAAAUAAAUCUAGGAAUAGGCUGGAAGAGUUACAUUUAGGCAUGCUUAUGAGGAUUAAAUCGUAUCAGAAUGAUGGACAUCAGGUCAACCUUGACGAUAUGUGUAAAAGUUGGAAAUAGUUGAAAGACAGACGCCAGAGUACCUCCAGAAACGAGUCAAUCAAAUAACUAGCGGCCAUUGGUAAUGGAUAUGUUGGAAUUUAUUGUUUGACCCAACGAUGGGAUAAAUAAUAGAAAUAAAUAAAGCUUUGAUUGAACUAUUGUGACAUUUCUGAUUAUAAUUAUUUAAUUAUGGUUCCUUUAAUUUAUUUAUUCAUAUAAAAGUUUUUGCACUUAACUUGUGUGUAUGUUUGUGGGCUGUAAAAUUUUGUACACAAAAAAUGGUUGAUUUUGCACAGGAACCAGCAAACCUUAGAGGGAACAUUGAAUGCAAGUAUUUUACAAUUUCAGAUUUGGGUAGUGAGUGCAGCUGAACCUAGACUCCCACUCCUCAUUGAAGAUGCUAGCCGUCCUGAAGGAGAAGGUGUAAGUUGAUCAUUUGUUUAUUUGCAUUAAAAACACUAUGUCAUUGUUUAAUUACCUAAAUAUUAGACUUUUAUUUUCAAUACUAUUUUAAAAAAUAAUUUUACAUACCAAUUUCUCAAUUUUUAUACGGGAUGUAUGAUUUUAAACAUUUUUCAUAUCAAUUUCUCAAGUUUUAGACUUAGAUAUGAUUUAUCCAAUAUAUGAAAUUUCUUUUAGUCGUAGUCUCUUCAUUUAUGAUUAUGGUAAAAAAUAUAUUGUAUACAUUUCUAAGUUAAAUGUAAAUUGUUAAGACAUAGAAAAUAAUAUGGUAAAAAAUAUAUUGUAUACAUUUCUAAGUUAAAUGUAAAUUGUUAAGACAUAGAAAAUAACCUCAUAAUAAAUAAUAAAUGUGUCUGGUGAAGGCUGUCUAGAAUGAAUGUAUCUGGUGAGGGCUGUUCAUAUUAAUUUAAGAGUGAAAGAGAAUCUUAAUCUUGAUAAGUCAUUUUCUAUCGUGCCAUGACAAAUUUUUGUAUCUUCAAGGAGCUUGCCACUGUCAACCAAGACACAAGACUGGACAACAGGGUUCUUGAUCUACGUACUUUAGCCAAUCAGUCCAUAUUCAGACUGGAGGCCGGUGUGUGUCGUCUCUUCCGUGACUACUUGACAGCCAAAGGUUUUGUAGAGAUUCAUACCCCAAAAAUCAUCUCAGGUGAGCCCAUAAUAUGUUAGCCUAGAAUAAGAGCUGCACCCCUUGACUGUUUUUUUAAAAAAAAUGAAUCAUAGCUUAAUGCAUUAAUUUAAACAUUUUUAAUUCCUUGAAUAUUCCUAAAAAUAACUAUAUUAUAGGAGAAAUCUCACACUCAAGUUUACAUUUAUCUUUUUUUUCCACAAAUAAAUAUUUAACCGGCGAUUUACUUUUUAAAACAAGCUUGAUUUCAAAGUCUCUUCCCAUGUAGAUAAAUUCAAGUCUAUGAAAUGGUGCAUUAAUUUACAGAGAACUAAUCCUGCUCCCAAAUUUUUUAAAGUUUGUUUUUCAAUUAUUUCUUUUGUAUAAAUACAUUCAUCAAGUAAAAUGUCUCUAGAAAUCAGCAGUAAUUUCAUUCAAUGAAUUCAUGUCUUUGGGAUAUGGCGUCAGAGGAAAACAUUCAAUGAAUUCAUGUCUUUGGGAUAUGGCGUCAGAGGAAAACAUUCAAUGAAUUCAUGUCUUUGGGAUAUGGCGUCAGAGGAAAACAUGUAAUUUUCUGUGAGAAAAGAGCGAGUAGAUUGGUCGUGCUUUCAUGUUCUUGGCAAUUUAAAAAUAAAAUUUUAAAAAUUCUAGUGAAUUGAAAACAAAGAAAUUAUUAUUAAAAGUAUGCUAUUUUAAAAAAAAAUUGUAUUAUUGUUUUAAUGAGUGCUGCUCAACUUACUGGAAUUGAGUUUAGAAACAAGAAACAGGAUUUUGGAACCAACCAUAAAUGAAAAGAGACAAUGGCAACCAAGGGCAAGCUACUCUGUUUUACAAAAAUUUGGACAUACUAGUGAAUAUUAUAUUUCUGUACUCUUCUCGCAGCUGCAUCUGAAGGAGGUGCCAAUGUAUUUGAGGUGACCUACUUUAAAACCAAGGCCUACAUGGCCCAAUCUCCGCAGCUGUACAAGCAGAUGGCCGUGUGUGCUGAGUUUGACAAGGUUUUCACAGUUGGUUCAGGUAUGGAACUUUGUCUAGAGAACUUAAGGUCAAUGCAGGGUUAAGGUUAUUGAAGGUGACCAAUAAUGAGCCAAUGUUAAAUUAAUUUUUUGAGUCAAUCAACCCAACAAUGGAAAGUUCAUGGUUUUUAAAGGAAUUCAAACAAUCCCCCUCACAAAACUGAGUUUUUAGUCAUUAACUUGAUUGGACCCUGCGAGGACUUGUCUGGAACUGCUUUAUGCUGAUGUAUUACAUUGCUACAGGUGAUACCGCUAAACAGGACUGUAAAGAUGAAGUUAUCUACAGUACUCUCGAUAGAAAUAAACUCAAGUAUUAGGUUGGAGAGCCUUUAUUUUAACCCACUCUCUUAUUUUGAAACCAUUUUUUAUGGUUUCAACCCACAGUAAACUAAUUCCCCAUUUUAACCUCCCUUCUAUUUUGUAGUGUUCAGGGCAGAAGAUUCAAAUACACAUAGGCACUUGACAGAGUUCAUUGGCCUAGACCUUGAGAUGGCCUUCAACUAUCAUUACCAUGAGGUUUUGGAGGUCAUUGGCGAUAUGUUUGUCAAUCUUUUCAAAGGUUUACAAGAGCAGUAAGUUGACACAAUUUAGCAUGGUUUUUUUUUGGGGGGGUUGGUUUUUACUUUAUAUGAUUAUAAAAUAUUGUGGUUGGUCUCAGCAACUGGGGUUAAAAAAAAAAAUAAUCAUUUUGAUCUUAUGACUAAAAUUAACACUGAAUUCUUAAUACAAAAUUUUAGACACACACAAUAAAACAUGUUUGAAAAAACUUCCCUCUUUCAUGAGUCAAAUAUUUUUUUUGGACAUGUAUUUUGAUUUUAAAAUUAUUUUAUUCUAUUUUGUUGCGUACCGGUACUUAAAAAGGCUUUUUAAAAAAUUAAUGAAUACAAUAAUCCCAUUUCCUAAAUUGUUUGUUACUUUUUUUUAUGAAAGCAAGUCCUUAAAAACUCUUUGCCUUUUUUCCUCAGGUAUGCUGAAGAGAUAAGCUUAGUUAACAAGCAAUACCCUGCUGAGCCCUUCAAGUUCCUGGAGCCAAGGUAUUGAACUUGUCUUUGAUAUUUUGUGACUAAAAGAUCUAUUAAAAUUAUUUUCCAAAGCUCAACUCUUCUAGAAAGUAAGUGAAACAAUUCCAUCAUCUUUAUGAUAUGAAAAGUUCUGUGUUUAAGUUUCCUGGGCACAGUUUUAUAUAAAGAUCCCUUUAGUUACUUUGUUCAAGUUCUUGCUCUAGUUAUAGUCAAUAUAUAGUUGUCAUUCGUUUGCGUCGGUAUGUUACAGCAGGAUGUGUUGAGUCAUGUUUUACACCAUGGUGUGUUGAGCCAUGUUUUACACCAUGAUGUGUUGAGCCAUGUUUUACACCAUGGUGCGUUGAACCAUGUUUUACACCAUGAUGACUCAGCACAUCUUACUUUUAACAUGCUAUAUUUUGCCUUAGUUUGCAUUGUUCUUGGGAGUAUUGGCUGAUAAUGGGAUUCGAACCCUCGGCUAUCAAUAUAUUUGUCCUAUGUCUCAUGGGCUGACAGCCACCAAAUUUGUAUAUGUAGUUGAUUGAUCUGUUUGCCUCUUGGUGUGCUACAUUAAUAUUUCAUAGCCUGCCUUGCAGGCUAAUUUAAUCUUCUUCCUUCUUGUCUUGCCCAGUUUAAUUCUGAACUACAAAGAUGGUGUAGAGAUGCUCCGACAGGCAGGGAUAGAGAUGGGAGAUGAAGAGGAUCUGUCAACACCCAAUGAGAAACUGUUGGGCAGACUGAUCAAGGCAAAGGUGGGCAUUGUUUUGUCUAGUAGUUUGUUUAACUUGGUAAACACGACUGGAAAUCGUACCAGUUAUAUCAAUCUUAGAACACACCUGUCAUCAGCAAUCUUGGAAAUGCUCUUAAUAGUUUUCAACAGACAAUGUCAGUCAAAAAGGUUUAGUUACAGAUUUAAACAGCAGUCUUUAACUCAUAGCACAGCUUAUGUGGCAAGUGUUCCAUGAAAGUUACCUUAAGAUAAAUCUGUAUAUUUAAUUUAUUUUUGUCAAAUGACUGACACUUAAAGAAAAAAACGGUUAAAUUUUAAUGGCUAUGUUAUUGAUAAUGGAUUUUUUAAAUUUAUUUUUUUUUCAAAGGAAAUUAAAAGUGUUUUGUUAUUUUGGAUGUUUCACAUAUUCUCAGUACGACACCGACUUCUUUAUUCUGGACAAGUUUCCUUUGGCAGUGCGACCGUUCUACACAAUGCCUGACCCAACCAAUCCUGUAAGUUGAAUAGUAAUAUUUAGUUCAUGGAUUUAUUUUGUUUUACUACUUAUCACAUUGGUACCAAAAAGAACCCCCAAGACAGUAACUGAGACAUAUGUUUAUUGUUCUGACUUAAUAUGUUCUUCCUUUCUUUGCUAAAGUUAUUCUCUUCUCUCCCCCCCCCCCUUUUUUUUUUGUGUGGCUAUAUUUUGUCCUGAGUUGCUAUAACACUGAAAUAAAAAUGACUAAACUUACAUUUAUGGUCUAUUUAAAAAAUAACUUGAUGCAAAUCUCUCAGAAAUGGUCAAACUCAUACGACAUGUUCAUGAGAGGGGAGGAGAUUCUGUCUGGUGCCCAGCGUAUUCAUGACCCAGAAUUCCUCAGCAAAAGAGCAGAACUUCAUGGAUGUCGUGAGUGAUCUUUCUUGGGGGGGGGGUGGGGGGUUGUGCCUGUUGUAGUUGGAUAUUAUUUGUAUUGUGGUGAGAUGUUGGUUACAUAACUUCAUUUGUAUUAGUGUGAAGUUGUAUCACUUUUAAUUGUUGUGGUACUUUACAUAACUUCAUUUGUAAUUGUACUGGUAUGUUACUAUUUUUUGUUACUUAGCUUCACUUGUAUUGUAUCAGCACAAUAGGAUGUUUUUAUCUGUUUAUUUUCUUCAUCAGAACUGGACAAGAUCAAAGGCUACAUUGACAGCUUUAGGUACGGUGCUCCUCCCCAUGCAGGUGGUGGUAUUGGUAAGUUAUCUUUUCUUGGUUCAGUUCUUUAUAACUCUUGUUACUUGUUACUCUUCACUGUGUCUUGCCAAAUUGAUCUAUUUACCCCUCACCUACAGUGUCUUGUCAAUGUGUCCGUUUGUUACAUGAUCAUCUAUCAUUCUUGCUAAAUUUAUUUUGGUUAUGUUUUUCACUAUAACUUAUCGAUUAAUCUUUUUCCAUCUGUCAAAAAACACUUUGAAUAACAUUUCUUAAAUACCAUUUUAGAAUUACAUUUGUAGCUGUUUAACAUGUUAUUUUCUUAUGUCAGGCUUAGAGAGAGUCACCAUGCUGUAUCUUGGACUGGACAACAUCAGGAAAACUUCACUGUUCCCUCGUGACCCCAAACGUUUGACACCCUAAAUUAUAUUGUUCUCCACUUUGCAGUGGAUUAAACACUGCUUGACUGAAUGUGUGCAGUGUUUCCAUUACAUGAGGCUUCAAAACCAUUAUAUAAUAUUUAUUGUUUAUUUCAAGUAAACAUUCAUUUGCUGAAACACGUUAUCAAAAGAAACAGUGAAGAAUUCUCCUAUUCUCUUGUCUAUGCUUGCAAGUAUUUUUUUCAUAUUCUUCAUAUUCAUUCUAUGUUUGCUGUCUGAAAACUCUAUCCGCAUUUUUAAAAUAAAUGGUUGACAUAAUCAAUUACCUAUUAUUGCAACAGAUACCUUGAAAUAUCUAACAAGAUGGUGCUCAGCAAGUCAUAAGGAUGCGCCAUUUAAGUCAUCAACCGCAUUCAUUUACCAUCAUUCUAUUUAUGAUACAGCUUAAUGUAAAAUAAAUUAACAAUGUUAUAUUGUAACUUUUUUCUUCUUCUAAGUCAUUACUCAAUAAUUUAAAAAAUUGUUUAAAAAUGUCUUUUCAAAUUAAUGACUAUUUCAAAGUAAUCCCCCCUUGAAAGAUCUGUUCAAAAGAUCUGUGUUACCAGGGCCAAAGAAUUCUUGUGAUUUAUUGAAACAUCUUGAUCUUUUUAUUUAAUUUUACUGACUUUUUUUUUUCAUUCUGUUUUUUUAAAACUUACCAAACCCAGAUAUUUUUCUGAUGUGUGCCUCCCUGAACAGUUAAAUAAACAUUCAGUUCAACUGUUGAGGUGCUAUUGUUGCAAGUGUUAUAAUUCUUGUUUUAAACCUUGUAUUGUAUCCGCGUUAAGGUUACUCUUGAUCGUCAAUGUUGUGCCAGAGUGGCUUGAGUAAGUAAUAAAAAAACAACUUACAUUUAAAUAUAAUUUAUGAGAAAAACUUUGAGUGUAUAUUAUUAUUAUUUCUGUCUGAACAUGUUUUGAGUAAAGACUUUGUAAUCAACAUAAAGUUUUCUUCAAAUGAAAGUGAGCAAAACUUAUUUUUCAAUUUGAAUAAAAUACCAGUACCUGGAAUUCUUCAUUAGAAUAAAUUAAAUUAUGGAGGGUGGCCAGGUUUUGAAAGUUAAUUACAUCAAGUUGAGCACCAACGUGGCAUAUAGGUGGUUGUCUUAUGCACAAAAUACACAUACUUAAUGUGCAACUAAGGUGUCAUUUAAUUUUACAUAAAUUAUCAUUCAUCAAGCCUAAAGUGUUCUAAUGGAAAGAAAAGGAAAAACACUCAUGGUUAGUAGGUUUUUAAACAAUGAACCCAUUUGUCUGCUUUAUAUUUGUCAAAUGUUGUAUGUAAGCAGCUUUUUUUAAAUCAUUGCCAGCACAUACAAAAUGGAUAUUAAUGUAAUAUUACUUAAAAUAAAGGUGCAGGAAUAAAAGAAACUUUAUCCACUUGA